AUUGGAUAAAGCGGAACAUCUGAUUUAAAGUGAAAGUACACUCAUUCACGGUUCUGCUGAACGCUGUUGUGCUUCUGCGGUUUACACUUGUGAGAACAAUAUGCGGUACUCCAGCGUUCAUCAUCAUGUCGUGUUCUUACUCAGCUUCACAUCCAUCACUGUACUAGCACUGGAUUUCACAUCUGUAAAGGCGAAGCUUCAUCAGUCUGUUGACCUCACCUGUGAACACGAGUGUUCUGGGUUGGUAAAAUGGGUCAUGGGUAACCAGCAAGAACUGCUGGCUCAUUGUAAUCAGACAUCCUGUAGCUCAAACAAGGGAUAUCAAAUCUCCCAUCAUCAAAAGAGGAACGUCCUCACCGUCAUGGAAGCUGAUUACACCAAGAGGACCUUCUUUGCCUGUGAGUGCAACACUGAAGACAUCUGUCAUGUCCGGCUCUGCAUCGAGCCUGUGAAGUCAUCAGUUCAGCUUAAUCCUGGUGAAGAUCUGAUCCUGAUGUUGCCCGUACCAGAGCCAGUGGAGGUGAUUUAUAAUAGCAGCGGUUCACAUGAACAGAUCUGCACUGUGGUUAGCAGACUGCAGUGUAAAGAUGAAUACACUCAGAGAGUAUCACUCCGUUACCCGAACCUCACACUGGAACGGCUAAAUGUGUCUGACAGCGGAGAUUACACCGUUCGGGACAUUAAGAACGAUGAAGUUAUUCACGUGUACACCGUGUUUGUGGAAGGCCCAGAUACACCCAAAGAGCAGACGAGUGCUGUACCAGCAUGGGUGAUUGGACUGAUGGUGGUACUGAUGGUGUUGGUUGGUGGUGGUGUAGCAGUGAUUAUGUACCUGAGGAGGAGGAGGAGAAAGGUGAUGUUACAGCAGAGCGAGGGUGGAGCUUCCAACGGUGCCACAGCGAAGGAAUCUUUGGAUAAACUUUUAUAAUUAUGGAGUAGAGAAAGAGCGGAGCUUUUACUCCUUCACUGACGCCAUAACAGUUGAUUGGGAUGAGGAAAAAGUAACCACUUUUUACUACCUCAACAUUUUUUUACUACCUCAACAUUUUUUAAUGCCUAGUUUCCAAACAGCCUCACACAUUUGGAAAACAAGGAUAGCUAUGUUCGAAUACUGUUUAUUGACUAUAGCUCAGCAUUCAACAGGAUGGUAGUGGCUGACCUAGUGAAGUGGUGCGAGGACAACAGUCUCUCCAUAAAAGUUAACAAAACAAAGGAGAUGGUUGUUGAUCCACAGAAGGAGCAGGGAGGAGUAGUCAGCACUCCACGUUGGUGAGCCAGAGGUGGAGAGAGUGAAUACUUUCAAAUUCCUUGGUGUUCACAUCACAGAGGAUCACACCUGCUUUCACAACACUGCACACCUCUGCCGAAUCCUCAGCAGCUUCUACAGGUGUACAAUUGAAAGCAUCCUCAGCAGCUCCAUCACAGUCUGGUUUGGAAGCUGCACAAGUCAGGACUGUAAGACUCUACAGUGGAACAGCCCUACCAGGCCAGGGUCACCAAGAGGGUGCACAACAUCAUUAAGCAUUAAGGACAAUAGCCUCCCUCAACACAGCCUAUUCACACUCCUACCAUCAGGCAGACGCUACAGGAGUGCAAAAGCAAGGCUGAACACCCACAUUUACAUGAGAACACCAUGGACCACUACCAAACCUUUCACAUGUUUACAUUGCACAUUAUUCUGUUUAUUGCACAUGAAGUCUCAUGUUUACAUGGUUAAAUGUUUACAAUGCACAUAUGCACCUUCUCUUGCACAUUAAGUCUUAUAAGUGUAUAUGUGAAUUAAGGAUGUCACGAUACCAAAAAUCUAGUAGUCGGUACCGAUACCACCAAAAGUACACGAUACUCCAUACCAAAGUCGAUACCACGGUGUGGUUUAAAAAUAAAGUAAAUAAAUAAACUUUUUUUUUUUUUUUUAAAAUCCUGGAGGACAUCCUCCUCUGACUAAUACCACCAGAGAGAGAGACAGAGAGUGAGAGGGAUAUUUUAGUUAUCAAAACACUGUCUGACAAUGACUAAUAAAACAGUGCUAAGUGCUAAUAACAAGUACUAAGGUGCACUCCUAAACACACGCACACACACACCCCUUAUACUCUGAACGUUAGUUUAAAUUCACUGAUAUGGUGUCGGGACAGAAAGAUUCAUUAAAAGCAUGAACAUGUGAAUAAUUAGUGACAUGAGGCUACAUUUAUCUGACGGGACACGGGCUGAAUGGAGAUGCAUGGUGGCCCAUUCGGAGGUAGUUUAUAACACUGCAAUGCGUUAGUGUCGUUAACAAAUAACUGUCUAUCACUAAUAUUACAUGGAGCAUAACGUUAGCUGGUUUCCCGCCACAAUGCAGCUGUCUCCAACAAACAUAAUACAGGACCGUCUUUCAGGUGCUUCGUCAAAUUCCAGGUGUUUCCUCGCUUUGUCUGAAAUGAACGAUAUCAUCGGCUGCACACCAGAAUCCGGCUACCUUUCCUCUCCACCUUGGGCCGGAGUUAAAAUUGUUGCCAUCUUUUGUAGUUAGUGCUUUUAGGCGUUCUUCUUCCUCACCACUUGUGGAUCGACUAAAACACUUAGACGUAUUUGCUGCCCCCUUCAGGACCGGAAUAAUUGCAAACUCAGUACCUUCAUUACCUCGGUACCUAAGCUACUGCAGAAAAACAAGUACCGUCACGUUUUAAGAGUGUUGGUACCGGAGUAUCGGUUCUCGUGACAUCCCUAACGUGAAGUAUGUGUGAGUGAACGAACAAGUUUACAACUGUACAGAAAUUUCAAGCUAUAAAGUGUUUGUGAGGAUGGGGUGUGUGUGUAACUGUGUAUAUGUGUGUGUGUGUGUGUGUGUGUGUGCGUGACUGUGUGCACGCGUGUGUUUCUCACUAUGAUUACAAAUGCACACAGUGUAAAGUUGUGAAGAGUUUGAAUGAGGUGUACUCAUCUGAAUACAAAUUGAUCUUGAACUUGGGAACAACACUGGGAUAAUUAAUCACGUAUUACUCAGACAUACAUUGCAUGUAAAUGUGGGCUGUUGUGUAUAAUAUUUUUAUUUUCUGAAUGUGGUUGCUUUGCUGGUUAACUGAUUUUAUGGAGGUUUUUAAAGGUAUGGCUACAGUUUGUUAUAUUACUUCAUUAUGCUAAUAGUAAAUUCCAGUUUUGAAAAUUGUUUGCUUCAGUUAGAUAAUAAAUCAUAAUAAAAGGAUCAUGUGA